UGAUACUAUGUACUAUUACUAUCCUAUAUCCUCCCUCUCGCCUUCCUCGGAUUCAUCUCGUUUUUCUCCAAUCCUUCAAGAAUCUGUAUUCUGUAGUAGUAAAAGCAGCAAUCUUUCUGGGCCUUGGCUCAAGUAACGGUUGAUGUCAGUGUUCCGUUGCUUACUUAUUUAGUCUUGCACCUAUUGUUCAGCAAUUCGAUCAACGGGUACGUUCUCGUCGAAUGUUACCAGAUUUGAUUAUCUAGGCCAUUCGCAAGUGUUGUUUGGAUAUUUGUGAAUUAGUUGGUUCAUGUGUUGAUGGAAACCAAUGGACUAGGUGCUGGAAUGUUCUCUAGCAUCAGUUCUGGGUUGCUUGUAGCAGAGGACCCCUUACAGCAGCAGCAGCCGCAAAACUUGUCUAAUCCUCAAAAUCCUCGUCCUAUGCAUCAUUCUCAAAUGGUUUCUUAUGCUUCUUCCCACCAUGAAACUGAUAUUCCUCAAGCACCGUCCCAACAAUCGAUCAAGCAUGGGCACCCCUAUUCGGCUAAGAUGAAUCAACAAAUGCCUCUCAGUGACGAUGAUGAAGCCGUGUUCGCGGCAGAGGACAACGUCAGCUCCGGUGAUAAGAGGAAAGUAUCGCAGUGGCACAGAAUGAAGUGGACGGACACUAUGGUCAGGCUCUUGAUAAUCUCGGUUUAUUACAUUGGCGACGAAGGUGGUUUGGAAGGGGCUGAUAAGAAGAAGCCUGCGGGUCUGUUGCAGAAGAAGGGGAAAUGGAAAUCGGUGUCGAGGGCUAUGAUGGAUAAGGGGUUCUUCGUGUCUCCUCAACAAUGUGAGGACAAGUUCAAUGAUUUAAAUAAGAGGUACAAGAGGGUGAACGAUAUUCUGGGUAAAGGAACGGCUUGCCUGGUUGUGGAAAAUCACAACUUGUUGGAGACCAUGGACUUGUCAACGAAAAGGAAAGAAGAAGUUCGAAAAUUGCUCAAUUCUAAGCAUCUUUUCUUCAGGGAAAUGUGUGCUUACCACAAUAGUUGUGGCCAUGGCGGCACUGGUGGGCCGCAACAACAAUCCCCAGAGAUGGGAGCAGAACCAUCUCAAGCGGCACAACCGCAACAACACCAGCGGUGCUCCCACUCAUCGGAAGUUGGGAUGGCGAGUUUGGGAAAGCCAGAAUCAGAAGGACUCAAGAUUUCGAAAGAGGUGAGCAGGGAAGAGGAUGAAGAUGACGACGACGAUGACGAUUCAGAGGAUUCCUCUGAUGAAGACGAAGAGUCAGGAGAAGGCGUUUCAAGGGGCAAUAAAACUGGGAAUGCACAUGAAGACGAGGAUGAGACUUAUGAAGGAAGACCACCGACGAAGAGAUCAAGAAAAGAAGAUUCUUGGGCUUCGUCUACGUUAAUGCGGGAAACGAGCAAUGAAGUGAUGGGCGUGUUGCAAGAUGGAGGGAGAAGCGCGUGGGAGAAAAGGCAAUGGAUGAAAAGGAAAGUGAUGCAAUUGGAGGAACAGCAACUGAGGUACGAGGUAGAAGCUUUUGAGCUGGAGAAGCAGAGGCUGAAAUGGGCGAGGUUUAGCAGCAAGAAAGAGAGGGAAAUGGAGAGAGCCAAGCUGGAGAACCAAAGGAGGCAGCUGGAGAAUGAGAGGAUGGUUUUACUAUUACGCCAGAAGGAGCUUGAGCUAUUGAGUCAAUCUUCACCAUCACCUACCACAGCAGCAGCAACAUUCUUCUAGCUAAAGUGGUAGAUAUGUGGAGGAUUACAGACAGAAUAUAAAUAUGUCGUGAAAGUGGUUCUAUCACAUAUAAUGUAUCACGGUUCUCCCAUCCUCUUUUUUUUAAAUGAAAUGGCAAUAUGUUUGAAACUUCGAA